UCGCCGCCGAUCCCACCCCCCUCCCAGAUCCGCCGGCAUGGCAAUGGCGUGCUAGCCCCGCGCCGAGAUGAGCCGCGCCCGCGGAGGGCUCCUCUUCCCCUUCCUGCUGCUGCUGCUCCCGGCGGCCUGCGCGCUUCACGCAAACAUAAUUCCUAGUGCAGCGCCGCAUCCAUCAAUUUCCCCUGAUAUAAGAGUGUUUGGACCUCGAAUUUCCCCGGCAUUUUCUCCAAGGAUAUUAUCUCCAGAAUCUCCUGGCAUCCUUGCGCACCCUCCUCCACAUAGGCACCACAGACGAUCACACCAUGCUCCUCCGCCAUCCUCAUCUCCCCCGCCUGAAGGUUGCUCUAGCACAGUUUGCCCUGCGCCCAUGAGUUCAACACCCAUUGGUUCCCCCUGUGGUUGUGUACUUCCCCUCAGUGUAAUUGUUGACAUUGAUGUAGCUCCGUAUUUACUAUUCAUGCACACAGCAGAAUUAGAAGUUGAAGUUGCAGCUGGUACAUUCCUUAAACAAAGCCAGGUGAAGAUUAUGGCUGCAAUUCCAAGUAUCCAGGAUGACCAGAAAACAAGGGUCACCUUUUAUUUGGUGCCACUAAGAGAACACUUUGAUAGCUAUACUGCAUACCUAAUAUCCGAUAGAUUCUGGAAUAAAAAGGUUCAGAUUAAUUCAUCUGUUUUCGGAGAUUAUGAUGUUAUUAAUAUUACCUAUCCAGGGCUGGGACCUGCGCCACCAGCUAUGUCAUCGCGGGCAUCAGGUCCUACAGGAGGUGGAGAAGAUCCUAUAACCGCAAAUGUGAAUCCGCAGAAGAAGAAGAAAAUUGAUACCUGGAUCAUCGUGAUAGUUUCAGGAUCUUCUCUGACACUAAUUGUGGCAUGCGCUGUGCUCAUCAUUCUAUUAGUGAAGUGCAAGAAGUUCAAACGGCUUCAUGAGGCUGGGAGCCCUCCAAUCACCCCAGCAGUUAAAAGACGACACGGUGGCAGAUCAAUGUCAACUAGCUUGGUGAGCUCUGCAUUGGCGUCAAUGUUCUCAACAGUGGCUACUUGUGCAGCAUCAGUGAAGACAUUUUCGCUAUCGCAACUUGAAAAGGCUACUGAUGGUUUUGAUUCAAGAAGAGUUUUGGGUGAAGGUGGGUUUGGACGUGUUUACCACGGGACCAUGGAUGAUGGAAACGAGAUCGCUGUUAAAUUGCUGACGAGAGAGGACAGGAGUGGCGACCGUGAGUUCAUUGCAGAGGUGGAAAUGCUCAGUCGACUGCACCAUCGUAAUCUUGUCAAAUUGAUUGGCAUUUGCACUGAGCGGGCCAAAAGGUGUCUUGUUUAUGAGCUUAUACGCAACGGAAGCGUGGAAUCUCAUCUUCAUGGUGCUGACAAGGAUAAGGGCCUGCUGAACUGGGAUGCUAGGAUGAAAAUUGCUCUGGGCUCUGCUAGAGGCCUGGCGUACCUACAUGAAGAUUCAAACCCUCAUGUCAUACAUCGUGACUUCAAAGCUAGCAAUAUAUUGUUGGAGGAAGAUUUCACUCCCAAGGUUACUGAUUUUGGUUUAGCAAGGGAAGCAACCAAUGGAAUUCAUCCCAUUUCUACUAGGGUAAUGGGCACUUUUGGGUAUGUGGCUCCAGAAUAUGCCAUGACAGGGCAUCUUCUUGUCAAGAGUGACGUAUACAGCUACGGGGUCGUCUUGCUGGAGCUUUUAUCAGGAAGGAAGCCCGUAGGUAUGUCUGAUACUAGCAUGGACCCUGAGAACCUCGUGACCUGGGCUCGUCCUCUUCUAUGCAACAAGGAGGGCUUGGAGAGGCUUAUCGACCCUUCUCUGAACGGCAACUUCAAUUUCGACAACGUAGCCAAGGUGGCAUCCAUUGCUUCGGUGUGCGUUCACAACGAUCCAUCACAGCGACCAUUUAUGGGCGAAGUGGUGCAGGCGCUGAAGCUUAUAUACAACGAUGCAGAGGAGGCUGGCGGUGAUUCCUACAGCCACAGGGAAUCAUCGUGUGACCCAGACGAUGACCGACAAGGAGGCUUCGUCUUUGACAGUGGCAGUGGUAGCUGGUGGCAUAGCGGGGCUUCUGGGCAUCUAGACUACCGGGACAACUCACCAUUUAUAAACAUGGAAUACAGCUCCGGCAGAAUAGAAGCAAGGCAGGAGCGUGAUGACCCUAACUUGGUAGCGUCAACAGGUUUUCAUGUACAAAAACCAGCACUCCAGAGUAGAUCAGCCCCUCUGCGGACAAAGAAGCUCUCCCCGUCCCAAUGGUCAAGAGGCAGCUUCAGCGAGCAUGGGCGGCCACUCCGACAUUGAUUUUAUAAACUAGUGUUAGACUGCUAGCUUCAGUUUCUAGACCUGAGAUUGUGGAGGCUGGGAGGAUGCAAUUCGCCUCCCGAUGAUUCUUGCCUCCGGUUAGUGUACAGUUUUCCAACAGAGUCCCAGUGACCCUCUGGUAGUCUGAUGUUGUCAUCUGCCUUGGGCUGCCUGUUUCCCUAGAAGAAAGGAGGAUGGGGCUGGCAGAUGCUCUCUAAUUUUGCAAAUCGUGGUUCAUUCCUGGUGUAUCAGAUUUGGUGAUCUGGGUAGGGAAUUUAGUGCCAGAAAUUCUGGGCAAUAUCAUCGUGUUGUUCUUGUCUUGUGUGAGUUGUGCCUUGCCGAUGUACUGGAUUAUUAAUAGUUGAAGUGAUCAUGCUAUCAUUGGCAAGGUGAA